GUGGCUCUGAAGUUGAUGAGAGCUCGAGGAGUGAUGUGUUCCACGCGCUGCUCCUGUCCGCGCGCCUGAGCUGCUGUUGGUUGUUGUUCUUCUUGUUUUGUGCGUGGGGUUUUGGACCAUGGCGUGGUGUGACCGCGGGGUCCAGACGCUCCUGGCCAUCGUGGGCGCGUUCGCAGCCUUCAGCCUCAUGAGCAUCGCCAUCGGAACCGACUACUGGCUGUACUCGCGCGCCUACAUCUGCAACGCCACCAACGUGACCGCGGACGAGACCCAGCUGCAAACCAAGAAAGUGAAAGGGGAUCUCACGCACUCUGGGCUUUGGAGGAUCUGCUGUAUAGAAGGUAUCAACAAAGGCAGCUGCUUCCGGAUUAACCAUUUUCCGGAGGACAACGACUACGACACGGACAGCUCAGAGUACAUCUUACGGAUCGUGCGGGCCUCCAGUCUGUUCCCCAUCCUCAGCACUAUCCUGUUGAUGCUGGGAGGUCUGUGUGUGGCAGUGGGACGCAUUUACAGCAGAAGAAACAACAUCCUCCUCAGCGCUGGCAUCCUCUUCGUAGCUGCAGGUCUGAGUAACAUCAUUGGCAUCAUCGUGUACAUCUCGAGUAACGCCGGCGACCCCAGCGACAAGAAGGACGAGGACAAGAAGAACCAGUACAACUACGGCUGGUCGUUUUACUUCGGGGCCCUGUCCUUCAUCGUGGCCGAGUCUGUGGGAGUCCUCGCGGUCAACAUUUACAUCGAGAAAAACAAAGAGAACCGCUUCAGAGGCACACACGACUUUAUCAAAACCAACUCGUCCUCCUCACCGUACUCCCGCAUCCCGAGUUAUCGUUACAGACGGCGACGAUCCCGAUCAAGCUCCCGAUCCAGCAAUCCGUCCCGUGAGCCGUCUCCGGUCGGGAUGAAGACAGGUGGGGUUCUGGGGAUGGGGGACAUAUCGCUGUACUCACUCCCCCGAGACACUUUGAAGGGAGGGAGGAAGAACUCCAGCCACUAUAGUCCAGAGCAAGAGAGAGAGGGUUUUCUACAAGUGCACAACUGCUUUCAAAAAGACCUCAAAGAUGGAGUGAACAGAAGGACCACACCAGUAUGAGAAGUGCUUUACAUCUGCAGUUCUCCAGCAGUGAUUCGUGGAGAUGUUUUCGUAGGGCUGUGCAAUUAUUCCAAUUUUAAUUAAGACUUAGAUUCAGCCAUUUUGAAUUGUCAGUGAUACGCUUGAGAUCCAUUGCCAGUUCUUUGUCAGUAAAAAACAUGCGGUUUGGAGCAGAGUUCAGGCUUUGGAGUAAGAAAAACAGGAAAAGUCUGUCUUGUUUGUGUUCAAGAAAUUACUAUUAAAAGCAAUGUUUUUAAUAUGACUAAAUGUAAUCCAAUAGAGAACUAUACCCAGCUCUAUGUUCUAUAUUUGAGCUAUAGGAAGUAUACAGCCAGUCUCUGUAAAGUUUUUUUUAUCAAACCUUUAUUUAACCUUUCUUGUAGGCCUACAUGUUAUUAGUGGUAUGGCAACUAUACGCAAACACAGGGAGAACAUGCAAACUCUGCACAGAAAAGCACCACCUGUUCAUUUAUACCACAGUGCCACCUGAAUAAUCACUCAUUGAUAAAUAUUACUAUGAUGUUUACUUUGGCAGAUCAGUUUGAAUGAAGAACACAGCUCGAACCGUAAAACCAGAAACUGAACGACAGAGAAAACGCUCGUUUAGGCAAUCAAAAGACUCUCUAUUGUUGUCUUUGGAAAUUUUAUGUGCAAACAAUAUGAUCUAACUUGACUAUAGAGUUUUGGAUCAGACCGUAGACUGUAUAAAGAAGUGGACUAAGCGAGUGCGACGUCACCCAUAGCGUUUAGCUCCAGUCGAAUGAAGUUAUAGCGGUGAUUUUGGAGCCGAAAUCCAUAUUUGGAAUUCCGACCAUGAGUAUCAUAGCAACCAAAGAGCCAAUCCGGAGCGUGGACGUUGAAGGUAACACCCCUUCCCACACACAACGCUGGUUUAGCUUAGCAACGCUGUCAAUCAAACCUGUUGCUAACACUUAUAGGAUUGACCUCGGGGAAAGAAGGCGUUAUUAAUGUUCAUAUCUUAAUUUAUGGACAAAAUUGUGAAAUAAAAACACAAAAGGACCAAGUAGCGCGGAUUAAUACAAACAUUUUAAGCCCAAAAUGACGAGCCUGACAGCAGCAGUUACAGAGAGAAAGGUGACGGUUUUGCAAUAGAAAGUGAAUUGGAGCCAGAGUUGAUGGAGCCGAGAGCGUGCCCAUGCUCACUUUGGAUUUGAAAUGUGGCGGCUAGCAGUUUAGCUAUGUCCAUUUAUAUAUACAGUCUAUGGUACAGACGCAAAUCAGUCAUUUAUGCUUUUUUAAAUUGUCCCCUCUGCUUUAAUGUUACUUGUUAAAACGUGUUGUGAAUAAUUUCUCACUUUGUUUAGAUCACAUGUUUUGUCGGUAGUGGAUGUUUUAAGCCUACAAGACUUUAUUCUGUAAAUGCCUCAUAUGUUUUUGUGACAAAUUUUCCCAAUUAUAAUCCAGAUAUUAACAGAGAAAAAAACAAUAACCAGGUUGUUGGUUUGACACAGUUUUUUUUAUUUGAAAUGCACUGAAUUCUCCCUCAUACAAAUCACUGUAGAGUUUUGCUGAAUUUUUGCGCUUGACUUUUUUACAGUGCACAUACAGAUCACAUGACCACUAUAUUGUACCAGUGUGUUCUUCAGAGCAACAAAAUAUUGGGAAUGUGAAUAUGGGGUUUUAUAUGAUGCAAAAGUGUGUGUUUUGAUAUUGUCGAGCUCUAAAGUGCUGUCGUCUUUUUCUUAUUCUAAGUGGUGCUAACUCCUCCUGCACACCUUUGAUCGUCUUAAGCCUCCUCAACUGCCAUUUCUGUAGCACUAACUGUGAGUGUGACGGUUUAUUAAGUGUUCUCUUUGAUCACUGCCACAUUGGGACAUGUUCUAUCUGUAAAUACAGUGAUGUAGAGUCUUUUGUACGCUCAGGGAUGACGUACAAGCCAAUCACUCCACUUAUAGACAUGUGGAGCUUAUUUAAGCUGUGCCAUACUGUUACUGUGUAGAGGAGAGGUGAGAACACGCUGUGGCUGUUAAUUAACUUUUGCUUUUCCUGUGUUCAUGGCUUUUGUGUUCAGAGGUAUGUCUGAUGCUGGUUUUGUCAUUUUGAAAAACAGUUUAUAAUGCCACAGUGUUAACCCUUUGUAUUUAUUAUGUUCACAUGUACUCCAAGUAUCUAUUCUGUGCAACUUCGUUCAACAAUAACAAGUUUUUCAAAUG